UUUGUUUUUUUUUUUUGGAUGGAGAUGCUCCGUCUGCUCCCGCUGGGAUCCCCACCUGCCUCCACCACGCCGCGUUUGUCACACCGCCAGCUGGCGUCUUCCCGUGCGCCACGCAACGCAGCAGACCACCGGCCCCUUUUCGACUGUCCUCCUCACAGAGGAUAGAGAUCUUCCUCUUUUUUUUUUUUUUGGUUCUCGUUCUGUGCCCGGCUGACUGCAGCGGCCGUGGGGGGACGUGCGAUUGCCGGGAGCGGCGUCGGUGCGCGCAACUCUCGGUUGGAGAUACAAUUGCCGGGAGCGGACUUCGCGUGGCCCCCGGGGGAACCCCAAAAGAAAAAACCCCCAGCGACCCCGGUUCGUGCGCAGGGCCUUGGGACGCGCCCCGCAGCGGUUCGCAGGGAUGGGAACCGCGCGCAGGAUAACGCCCGCGCCCCCCUGGCUGUGCGUUCUGCUGCUGGUGCUGGCGUCGCUUCUCCUCUCGGCGGACAGCAGGAGAGCCAGGCAGCCUCGCUGCCCCUUAUCGUGCACAUGCACCAAAGACAACGCGCUGUGCGAGAGCGCAGGGUCCAUCCCGCGCAGCUUCCCCCCCGAUAUCAUAUCACUAUCAUUCGUCAAGUCGGAAUUCACCGAAAUCCCAAAGGAGAGCUUCAUCCACACGCCAGCCCUGCAUCUCCUCCUCUUCACAGCCAACAACCUGGAGUCCAUAAACGAGGACGCUUUCCUUGGUCUUCCUCAUAUAGAAUAUCUAUUCAUCGAAAACAACCAAAUCAAGUCCAUGUCCCCGUACGCUUUCCGUGGACUGAAAACCUUAGUGCAUCUGAGUCUUGCUUACAACAAUCUGGAGACUCUGCCCAAAGAUUUGUUCAAGGGUCUGGAGGCCUUGACAAAAGUAGACCUGCGUGGGAACCAGUUCACCUGUGACUGUAAGCUGAAAUGGUUGGUGGAGUGGAUCUACAACACCAACGCCACGGUGGAUCAGAUCUACUGCAAAGGCCCGGCCUCGCAGGUGGACAAAAAGGUCAACGACCUGGCGCCGCAGUCCUUCGACUGCAUCACCACGGAAUUCGCCUCAUACCAGUCCCUGAAGUUUGAAUCUAUAUCGGUGGAGGCUUUUUCCUUUGGGAACGACCAGUACGUGGUGUUUGCCCAGCCCUUCAUUGGGAAGUGCAGCUUUCUGGAGUGGGAUCACGUGGAGAUGGUCUUCAGAAACUAUGACGACAUCGACAGCACAUCCACGGUGAUCUGCAAACCUCUGAUCAUCGACGGCCAGCUCUUUGUCGUGGUGGCUCAGCUGUUUGGAGGCUCCCACAUCUACAAGCGGGACAUCUCAGCCAACAAGUUCAUCAAGCUGCAAGGCAUCGACAUCCUGAGAAUUCGUAAACCCAACGAUAUCGAGACGUUCCGCAUCGACGGGGAGUACUUCUUCGUCAUCGCGGACAGCUCCAAGGCCGGCUCCACCACCAUCUACAAGUGGAACGGUAACGGCUUCUACUCCCAUCAGUCCCUCCACCCCUGGUAUCGCGACACCGACGUGGAGUUCCUGGAGAUCUCCUCCAAACCUCACCUGAUCCUGUCCAGCAGCUCGCAGAGGCCCGUCAUUUACCAGUGGAACAAGUCCACAAAGGAGUUCGACAGACGCACCGACAUCCCGGAGAUGGAAGACGUUUACGCCGUGAAGCAUUUCCAGGUCAAGUCGGAGCUUUUCAUCUGCCUAACGCGCUUCAUCGGGGACUCCAAGGUGAUGCGCUGGGACGGGGCCCUCUUCAGAGAGCUGCAGAGCGUGCCCUCCCGAGGCUCCAUGGUGUUCCAGCCCUUCGCCGUGGGCAGCUGGCAGUACGCCGUCCUGGGCAACGACUACUCUUUCACUCAGGUGUACCGCUGGGACGCCAAGAAGGGUGAGUUUGUUCAUUUCCAAGAGCUGAACAUCCAUGCGCCGAGAGCCUUUUCUCCGGUCUCCAUAGACAACCGUCAGUUCCUGCUGGCUUCCAGUUUUAAAGGGAAAACUCAGAUCUACGAGCACAAGGUCAUUGAUCUGAGCAACUGAAGGAGCAUUUUUCUUUUUUCUUUCUUUAUUUUGGGCAAUUGGAUAGUUAUUUUCGUGAUUUGGGUAACUGAAGGCCAUUCCAGCACGUUUAGUGCUACAACACUCAGUGUCGAUCCCAUUUCGAGAACAGCAGGCAUUAUUCCUUGUUUUUGAAAACUACUGAAGUCAUGCAUGAUAACUUUCAAGACACAAGCAUGCAUCUUGAGCAAAUAUGUCCGAGAUGCGUGCGUUUUAAGUUUUCAUUCAAGUCAUUUAUGCAUGAAGACCCCCACACAGGCUGUCAGUUAACCAUUACCUCUGACAGAAGUGUUAACUUUUAUUUUUUCUUUCGUCAUCUGGCAUAAUGUUUAUACGUUUUUAAUCUCAUAUAUUUAUCUACAAAAAUAAAGUUGUAGUUUUUAACCUGUUAACAUGUUUAGCUGAACCAAUCUGCCAAAACGAAAUGUUUACAUUUUUCUCUUUCCAUUUGUAUGCUACAAGAUUUGUAAAUUAAGAUUUUGUAAGUUUUAAGAGGGACCAUGGCAGUCAGAUUCAUAUUUGUUCAAGGAUGACAGAAAGUUAUGCUUAACAUUUAGGAAAAUAUCAUGAGAUAUUGUGAGAUUAUACCUGUAUAUCCUUGCAACUUACAUUUUUAUCAUUAUUAGUUUAUAUAAUGUUUAAAGUAUUUAACAGUUUUUCCUAACUGGGACUAUUUUCGGCACUUUGAAGGUACCAAGAUAAAAAAAAAAAGAGGAUAUUGUUCAUAAUCUUUAACUAACAUGUAUGCAAAAUACACUUGUGUCAUGAGUAGGACUAAUGUCAUGUUAUUUUGAGUCAAUAAAGGUUAAUAUUUCGUCUGAGCUCCCUGCUGUGUAGCAUGGCAUUGCUUCCAUGGAUCAAUAGGACACAUUGGCGCGCAUUUAUUUAAAGACCUGGACGUUUUGCCGACUA